UCACUGAAAUAAGUUUACCAGAAAUGAAAAUGGACGUUCAGUUUUUUGUUUUGUUCCUCCGUGUCGCCCAUCUAGCUGUCACAAACGUUCCAAACAUGUGUGGUCCUGAAUUAUGCUGCGCGGAUUAUUUCUAUGACAACAACACAUGUACAGAAUGCCCUCCUGGAACAUACAGUAGUAACUGUAGUGAAGAAUGUCCUGAAGGUCGUUAUGGAAGUAGAUGUAGGAAAUUAUGUCCAUCUGAAUGUGCCAGCAACUGCAGCAAAUCAACAGGGGAAUGUCAGGUUUAUACAGAGAAUAACCCUGACAAAACUCCAGCCUUAAAGAAUAACACCACUACCCAGCCUGAUACACAUAAAAACACUACCCAUAUCAGUAUUGAGAAAAAGAUAGAGGACUUUCUGAAGGAUAAGCUAUGGAUCAUUGCUGGAGCCACUUGUCUUCUUGUUAUCAUUUCAUGUUGUUGUAUUGGACUUUUCUUCUUGUGUAAGAUUUGUAAAGGCAGACAGGAGACAAAAGAAAAACUAGAUAACACCACACCAUCCAACCAGAAUCAACUUUCUUCGUACAGCGGAAGAUAUCUAAGUGACAUAAAUAUGCAAAACAACUCAACUAGCCCCAUGCUAUCUCCUCGUGCUCAAAAUUGUGGAAAAACUCAUUCUUCCACGAAUAAAAGCAAAAUAAACCAGCCGGAAGUAGAAUACAGUAAACCAAAACCAAACAAUCGCUACAGUCUAGUCCGGAAGUUAAAGGUUUCUCAGGAAUUGGCCUGCCCGGAAGUGUCAGUUGGAGAUGAUUUCGACAGUGACGAGUUUGAUGACUAUACAGAUACUAAUGGUGGCGUAGAAAUCUCCGGAAUCCCAAUGAAUCAGUCCUUCAAAACUUUCCGAUCCUCAGGUAUCAGCAAACAGAACAGAAAAAGAAAUAGAACCAACUAUGGACACAUUUAAUAGAUUCCAUUCUGAACCGAAUUGCCAUUACUUUCAUUAUAAUUCUUUUUCUACAUAAAAAAUAAUUUGAUGAUUUUUUUUCUUACUAAAAUACCAAUUGACACUCUUCUCUAAAAUAAUGAUCCCACCUCUGAUGCUCUAGAGAUCCUUGUUUGCUCUGCUCCAAAAUUUGUAUUGUAAAAUGGACGUCUGAGUUUGCUUGUUGUCGCGAUAAAACUCAUUUUUGUUAUAAUUUAAAGUUAUAAAAGCAUACCUAACAUAUAGAAAAAUCAUUAAAAUGUAUAAAUGUCUGCUAUGAUUACUCCGUACUGAACACCAGAAAAAAAGAGAUACCAAAAUGGUAAUGUAGAUAAUAUAUUUUGUUCAAAUGCUGACUGACGUUUUUCAUUCUAAUUGUAAGUACAUUAUCUAUACACUGAACUUUCGACGAAAAUUUCUUUUAUUUCCCAAUCAUGACAUGGUGUUCACGGUGGGCCUGACCAGUCGGCAGAAGAUGCUCACUCCUCAAUGUCACCUGAUCUCACCUCUGAUGUUUUGGAGGUCCGUGUUUGUUCUGCUUCUAUUUUGUAUAGUUUUAUAGACUUUUGAUCUUGAAUACUGUUUGAUAUCUCCAUAUGUUUCAAGUUUCAAGUAAAAAUAUAUUUGUUUUCAUGAUGUGUAAAACCCUUCAUGCUAGCUCAGUUGGUAGAGUGCUCGCUCUGUUAUCGGGAGGUCGUGAAUUCAAAUUUCGGCCGCGACUGAUACAAAAUAGAAAUAAUUCUUCCUUUGCAAUGCGUUCGGCAAUUUGAAGGGAAAGUUUCGGGUCCUUUAGAUGACACAUUAAAAACCGAGGUCCCGUGUUGCAGUAGGAGCUAGCACGAUAAAAAUCCGUAAAUGCUCAAUUUGGCCUCGUGUGCCGAGAAAAGAUAAAAAUUUGAAGCCCUUCUCCGGUAUAUGUUGACGUCUCUAUAUGAGUGAAACAUUCUCGAAUAAAACAUAUGAAGAUAUGAACAGUAUUCAAGAUCAAAAAUUCAAAAAACAAUACUAAAAAAGAGCAAAACAAACAUAGAACUUCAGAACAUCAGAGGUGUGAUAAGUGCCAUGGAGGAGUGAGCAUCCCCUGCAGACCGGUCAUACCCACCUUGUCCACCUUGUCAUGAUAGGGAAAUAACGGGAAAAUCCGUCUUCAAUUAAGUGUAUAAAAAUGGAGUGAUGAAGGAUAUGGAGAUAACGAACAGUAUUCAAUAUCAAAGUCCAUAAAACAAUACAAAACAAGAGCAGAGCAAACACGGACCUCAGAAACAUCAGAGGUGGGAUCAGGUGCCAUUGAGGAGUGAGCAUCCCCUGGUGACCGGUCACACCCGCCGUGUGCUCAUUGUCAUGGUCGUAAAAUAAAAAAAAAAUCCGUCGUCAAUUCAGUGUAUAAAUAAUGGACUAACAAUUGGUAUGAAAAACGUCAGUCAGCAUUUGACUCAAUGAUAAAAUGAUUUGCUGACAAGGUCAUUGUAUCGACCAUAGAACUUACGAAAUGAUAAAUUCAAAAGUAUUAAUCAUCAUAGAUUUCCUCGUCCGAUACAGAGUCUCUUUUAUUCAAAUGCCGCCUGUAUCAUUAAUUUUUUUUAUUCCUCCAACAUUUUUAAGAGUUUAUUUAGGGUUUAUUCCGGAUAUAACACAAAAAUUGCAUCGUUAUCCGCCACUCUGUCACGUUCUACAAUGUAAUUGAUCGUUUUUUUCUCUUUUUUUUGUUUUUAAUGAGGAUUACCUGUCUUGUCAAAUGAUUUAUUUUAUAUUAAGCCAGUAUUUUGAAUGGGAAUAAAUGUAACACUUCUUAAUUAUACAUCUUGGCUUUUUUGUAUUUGCCGCAUUUUACAGAGAAUAUUA